AUGUCACAGAACCCUGAUGUCAGGAAUGAUACCUACAACCAAGUGGCGAGCAUCAUCAACAAUGUCUUAAACACAUUUCUAAAUGAACCUGCUGCCGAACCGUUCGAACCCCAGAGCUCUUUCUUCACGAGUUCAGGAAACCAGGUUAAUGGUGACAUGACAUACCACUUCCAAGAUGGAGACACUAAAACACCAGCAUCUUUCCUGAAUGAGCUUAAAGCACAAAGCACACCUAUAAUUAAAUCAGCAGUCUGACUGUAAAAAAUAAUCACCAUAAUGCUUUAUUUCAUCAGAUCUGGUUCAGCUGUGGUUCAGACCACGAUGGUCUUCAAUUCCUCCUCUCCUGUUCCCAGUGAGAGUUUGGUCCUCAGUGUAAUCCAGACUCUUCUGAGUGCUCGACUCACAAACCGCACUGACUCUGUAAAAGUGCUGAACUUCACCUAUGAGAAAAUUUCAGACACUUGCUAUGCGGUAAAAUUCACAUUCAAUAUCAGUAACAUCAGCAUGUCACAGAACCCUGAUGUCAGGAAUGAUACCUACAACCAAGUGGCGAGCAUCAUCAACAAUGUCUUAAACACAUUUCUAAAUGAACCUGCUGCCGAACCGUUCGAACCCCAGAGCUCUUUCUUCACGAGUUCAGAAAACCAGUCUGGUUCAGCUGUGGUUCAGACCACGAUGGUCUUCAAUUCCUCCUCUCCUGUUCCCAGUGAGAGUUUGGUCCUCAGUGUAAUCCAGACUCUUCUGAGUGCUCGACUCACAAACCGCACUGACUCUGUAAAAGUGCUGAACUUCACCUAUGAGAAAAUUUCAGACACUUGCUAUGCGGUAAAAUUCACAUUCAAUAUCAGUAACAUCAGCAUGUCACAGAACCCUGAUGUCAGGAAUGAUACCUACAACCAAGUGGCGAGCAUCAUCAACAAUGUCUUAAACACAUUUCUAAAUGAACCUGCUGCCGAACCGUUCGAACCCCAGAGCUCUUUCUUCACUGAGAGUUUGGUCCUCAGUGUAAUCCAGACUCUUCUGAGUGCUCGACUCACAAACCGCACUUACUCUGUAAAAGUGCUGAACUUCACCUAUGAGAAAAUUUCAGACACUUGCUAUGCGGUAAAAUUCACAUUCAAUAUCAGUAACAUCAGCAUGUCACAGAACCCUGAUGUCAGGAAUGAUACCUACAACCAAGUGGCGAGCAUCAUCAACAAUGUCUCAGCUGUGGUUCAGACCACGAUGGUCUUCAAUUCCUCCUCUCCUGUUCCCAGUGAGAGUUUGGUCCUCAGUGUAAUCCAGACUCUUCUGAGUGCUCGACUCACAAACCGCACUGACUCUGUAAAAGUGCUGAACUUCACCUAUGAGAAAAUUUCAGACACUUGCUAUGCGGUAAAAUUCACAUUCAAUAUCAGUAACAUCAGCAUGUCACAGAACCCUGAUGUCAGGAAUGAUACCUACAACCAAGUGGCGAGCAUCAUCAACAAUGUCUUAAACACAUUUCUAAAUGAACCUGCUGCCGAACCGUUCGAACCCCAGAGCUCUUUCUUCACGAGUUCAGGAAACCAGGUUAAUGGUGACAUGACAUACCACUUCCAAGAUGGAGACACUAAAACACCAGCAUCUUUCCUGAAUGAGCUUAAAGCACAAAGCACACCUAUCAUUUCAAAGUCUUCUUUACCUACCUUUCUAAGUCACCUGAUUUGUUCCUCAGAAAUUUCAGACACUUGCUAUGCGGUAAAAUUCACAUUCAAUAUCAGUAACAUCAGCAUGUCACAGAACCCUGAUGUCAGGAAUGAUACCUACAACCAAGUGGCGAGCAUCAUCAACAAUGUCUCUGGUUCAGCUGUGGUUCAGACCACGAUGGUCUUCAAUUCCUCCUCUCCUGUUCCCAGUGAGAGUUUGGUCCUCAGUGUAAUCCAGACUCUUCUGAGUGCUCGACUCACAAACCGCACUGACUCUGUAAAAGUGCUGAACUUCACCUAUGAGAAAAUUUCAGACACUUGCUAUGCGGUAAAAUUCACAUUCAAUAUCAGUAACAUCAGCAUGUCACAGAACCCUGAUGUCAGGAAUGAUACCUACAACCAAGUGGCGAGCAUCAUCAACAAUGUCUUAAACACAUUUCUAAAUGAACCUGCUGCCGAACCGUUCGAACCCCAGAGCUCUUUCUUCACUGAGAGUUUGGUCCUCAGUGUAAUCCAGACUCUUCUGAGUGCUCGACUCACAAACCGCACUUACUCUGUAAAAGUGCUGAACUUCACCUAUGAGAAAAUUUCAGACACUUGCUAUGCGGUAAAAUUCACAUUCAAUAUCAGUAACAUCAGCAUGUCACAGAACCCUGAUGUCAGGAAUGAUACCUACAACCAAGUGGCGAGCAUCAUCAACAAUGUCUCAGCUGUGGUUCAGACCACGAUGGUCUUCAAUUCCUCCUCUCCUGUUCCCAGUGAGAGUUUGGUCCUCAGUGUAAUCCAGACUCUUCUGAGUGCUCGACUCACAAACCGCACUGACUCUGUAAAAGUGCUGAACUUCACCUAUGAGAAAAUUUCAGACACUUGCUAUGCGGUAAAAUUCACAUUCAAUAUCAGUAACAUCAGCAUGUCACAGAACCCUGAUGUCAGGAAUGAUACCUACAACCAAGUGGCGAGCAUCAUCAACAAUGUCUUAAACACAUUUCUAAAUGAACCUGCUGCCGAACCGUUCGAACCCCAGAGCUCUUUCUUCACGAGUUCAGGAAACCAGGUUAAUGGUGACAUGACAUACCACUUCCAAGAUGGAGACACUAAAACACCAGCAUCUUUCCUGAAUGAGCUUAAAGCACAAAGCACACCUAUAAUUAAAUCAGCAGUCUGACUGUAAAAAAUAAUCACCAUAAUGCUUUAUUUCAUCAGAUCUGGUUCAGCUGUGGUUCAGACCACGAUGGUCUUCAAUUCCUCCUCUCCUGUUCCCAGUGAGAGUUUGGUCCUCAGUGUAAUCCAGACUCUUCUGAGUGCUCGACUCACAAACCGCACUGACUCUGUAAAAGUGCUGAACUUCACCUAUGAGAAAAUUUCAGACACUUGCUAUGCGGUAAAAUUCACAUUCAAUAUCAGUAACAUCAGCAUGUCACAGAACCCUGAUGUCAGGAAUGAUACCUACAACCAAGUGGCGAGCAUCAUCAACAAUGUCUUAAAUACAUUUCUAAAUGAACCUGCUGCCGAACCGUUCGGACCCCAGAGCUCUCUCUUCACUGAGAGUUUGGUCCUCAGUGUAAUCCAGACUCUUCUGAGUGCUCGACUCACAAACCGCACUUACUCUGUAAAAGUGCUGAACUUCACCUAUGAGAAAAUUUCAGACACUUGCUAUGCGGUAAAAUUCACAUUCAAUAUCAGUAACAUCAGCAUGUCACAGAACCCUGAUGUCAGGAAUGAUACCUACAACCAAGUGGCGAGCAUCAUCAACAAUGUCUCUGGUUCAGCUGUGGUUCAGACCACGAUGGUCUUCAAUUCCUCCUCUCCUGUUCCCAGUGAGAGUUUGGUCCUCAGUGUAAUCCAGACUCUUCUGAGUGCUCGACUCACAAACCGCACUGACUCUGUAAAAGUGCUGAACUUCACCUAUGAGAAAAUUUCAGACACUUGCUAUGCGGUAAAAUUCACAUUCAAUAUCAGUAACAUCAGCAUGUCACAGAACCCUGAUGUCAGGAAUGAUACCUACAACCAAGUGGCGAGCAUCAUCAACAAUGUCUUAAACACAUUUCUAAAUGAACCUGCUGCCGAACCGUUCGAACCCCAGAGCUCUUUCUUCACGAGUUCAGGAAACCAGGUUAAUGGUGACAUGACAUACCACUUCCAAGAUGGAGACACUAAAACACCAGCAUCUUUCCUGAAUGAGCUUAAAGCACAAAGCACACCUAUAAUUAAAUCAGCAGUCUGACUGUAAAAAAUAAUCACCAUAAUGCUUUAUUUCAUCAGAUCUGGUUCAGCUGUGGUUCAGACCACGAUGGUCUUCAAUUCCUCCUCUCCUGUUCCCAGUGAGAGUUUGGUCCUCAGUGUAAUCCAGACUCUUCUGAGUGCUCGACUCACAAACCGCACUGACUCUGUAAAAGUGCUGAACUUCACCUAUGAGAAAAUUUCAGACACUUGCUAUGCGGUAAAAUUCACAUUCAAUAUCAGUAACAUCAGCAUGUCACAGAACCCUGAUGUCAGGAAUGAUACCUACAACCAAGUGGCGAGCAUCAUCAACAAUGUCUUAAAUACAUUUCUAAAUGAACCUGCUGCCGAACCGUUCGGACCCCAGAGCUCUCUCUUCACGAGUUCAGAAAACCAGGUUAAUGGUGACAUGACAUACCACUUCCAAGAUGGAGACACUAAAACAUCAACAUCUUUCCUGAAUGAGCUUAAAGCAUCAGCUGUGGUUCAGACCACGAUGGUCUUCAAUUCCUCCUCUCCUGUUCCCAGUGAGAGUUUGGUCCUCAGUGUAAUCCAGACUCUUCUGAGUGCUCGACUCACAAACCGCACUGACUCUGUAAAAGUGCUGAACUUCACCUAUGAGAAAAUUUCAGACACUUGCUAUGCGGUAAAAUUCACAUUCAAUAUCAGUAACAUCAGCAUGUCACAGAACCCUGAUGUCAGGAAUGAUACCUACAACCAAGUGGCGAGCAUCAUCAACAAUGUCUUAAACACAUUUCUAAAUGAACCUGCUGCCGAACCGUUCGAACCCCAGAGCUCUUUCUUCACGAGUUCAGGAAACCAGGUUAAUGGUGACAUGACAUACCACUUCCAAGAUGGAGACACUAAAACACCAGCAUCUUUCCUGAAUGAGCUUAAAGCACAAAGCACACCUAUAAUUAAAUCAGCAGUCUGACUGUAAAAAAUAAUCACCAUAAUGCUUUAUUUCAUCAGAUCUGGUUCAGCUGUGGUUCAGACCACGAUGGUCUUCAAUUCCUCCUCUCCUGUUCCCAGUGAGAGUUUGGUCCUCAGUGUAAUCCAGACUCUUCUGAGUGCUCGACUCACAAACCGCACUGACUCUGUAAAAGUGCUGAACUUCACCUAUGAGAAAAUUUCAGACACUUGCUAUGCGGUAAAAUUCACAUUCAAUAUCAGUAACAUCAGCAUGUCACAGAACCCUGAUGUCAGGAAUGAUACCUACAACCAAGUGGCGAGCAUCAUCAACAAUGUCUUAAAUACAUUUCUAAAUGAACCUGCUGCCGAACCGUUCGGACCCCAGAGCUCUCUCUUCACGAGUUCAGAAAACCAGGUUAAUGGUGACAUGACAUACCACUUCCAAGAUGGAGACACUAAAACACCAGCAUCUUUCCUGAAUGAGCUUAAAGCACAAAGCCCACCUAUAUCUGGUUCAGCUGUGGUUCAGACCACGAUGUUCUUCAAUUCCUCCUCUCUUGUUCCCAGUGAGAGUUUGGUCCUCAGUGUAAUCCAGAGUCUUCUGAGUGCUCAACUCACAAACCUCACUGACUCUGUAAAAGUGCUGAACCUCACCUAUGAGAAAAUUUCAGACACCUGCUAUGCGGUAAAAUUCACAUUCAAUAUCAGUAACAUCAGCAUGUCACAGAACCCUGAUGUCAGGAAUGAUACCUACAAACAAGUGGAGAGCAUCAUCAACAUUGUUUUAAACACACUUCUAAAUGAAGCUGGUGCAGAACCAUUCAACCCACAGAGUUCUUUCUUCACGAUUUCAGGAACCCAGGUUAUAGGAGACAUGUUGUACAACUUCCAAGUUGGAGACACUAAAACACCAGCAUCUUUCCUGAAUGAUAUUUCACCUGUAUUGGGGAAUGUUCUGAUAUACAUUCGUCUAGUUUUUAAGAAUUUGACCAAAGUACCUAGUGAGGCUGAUGUUCUCAAUGCUGCUAAUGCUCUGCUGGAUGCAAAGAUCAGAAGAGCACGAGAUCUUGUAACACAAAAACUGAGUGAUCCUGUGAGCAUACAGGAUGUCACCUAUCAGAAUAUUGACAACAACUCAUACAUUAUAAGCUUUGGAUUCCAAAUCAGCAAUGUGACAAUCUCCAAGGACAUGCAGCUGAGGAAUGGAACAUAUUCUUUAAUCCAAAACACCAUUAACAGCUUGUUGAACAAUAUUCUGAAUGUCAAAAAUGCUCCUGUAUUUGUCUUCCCUCAAGCAAACUACACAUUUAAUGGUGCAGAAAUUGUGGCUAAUUCAGAAUACGUCUUUGUGGAAGGUGACACCAAGUGGACACCAAGUGGAUUUCUAUAUGCAGUACUCAACAUUAGCGGUCUGUCGACCCUCACUACUCCUGCUGCUCAAACAGACCCCCCUGUACACAUAGUCCUGAGGCCCACAGUCCAAGCACAGAACACCACCACUGUUGGAAAUUCUGCAUGGAUCCUGGGCAUCAUUAUCCCCUGCAGUAUAGUCAUUAUUCUCAUACCCUGCUGGAUUCUACUCUGUUGUCUGCUCUGUGGCUGCUGUGCUGGUUUAAGGAGGCGCUACAACAGAAGACGGUCCUACAACGUCCAAUAUGCAACAAGAAAUGGACUCUUUUAAAAACAA